AUGUCUGGAGCCGCCCAGAACGACCCAUUUGCCUCUGCUUCGUCCUCAUCUCAUUCACCACCGAAUGCGCACACGCCGCCAUCCACCGACGACCGAGACGAGCUCGAUUUCCUCGCCGACGACACCGCCGACAUUGCUCACCAUGGCCACGUCCUCGACGACGACCCCUUUACCCAAGAUCUAAACACGCCCUUGUCCUUCAAACGAAAGCCAAAGCCAUCUGUGCUCUCGGGCCCAUCACGAUUCUUCUCAUCCCUCACAGGCUCGCCGUCGGUGCUUCGACAAGAUACACCAUCGCCGCAAAGGCAUCUCCGCAGUGCCAACAUCUCCGUGGCUACGGGCUCGCCGCAAAGAUCGCAGUCAACCAAUGUCAAUGCGGUGCCUAAAGAUGGACCUUCCCAAGAUUGGUACACCGAAGGCCCUGGCCGACGAGUCGGGUAUGAGGACAUGACGGCCAUUGACUGGAUCUUCGAGUACACCAAAGAACGACAGCGAAUGCGGGUGCUGUCCUCCACCGCGCAUGGAAUAAUGGGCUAUGUCCAACUCUUCGUCGAUGCAAGUCAGGUCUGGGUCAUUCUAGUUCUGACGGGUUUGCUUGUCGGCGCAAUCGCUGCAGGGAUAAACAUCACCAGCGACUGGUUAGGAGACCUGAAACUGGGCUUUUGCUCCAGCGGACCAGAGGGUGGUCAUUUCUACCUCAACAAGAGCUUUUGCUGUUAUGGGUAUGAUCAGGGUUCGAAAUGUGCAGGCUGGAAGUACUGGAGUGAGGCCCUUGGUGUACAUGCUGCUGGGGGCAGGUGGUUCAUCGAAUACUUUUUUUACCUCCUAUUUUCUGUAACACUAGCGUAUUGCGCUGCCCUUCUCGUGCAAGAGUACGCCUUGUAUGCUAAGCAUAGUGGUAUACCUGAGCUCAAGACAGUCCUUGGAGGCUUUGUCAUAAGAAGAUUCUUGGGCACUUGGACCUUGAUCACCAAGUCAAUGGGUCUAGUACUUGCUGUUGCGUCUGGCAUGUGGCUGGGAAAGGAGGGCCCCUUGGUACACGUGGCGUGUUGUUGCGCGAAUCUAUUCAUCAAGCUAUUCUCCAAUAUUAGAGACAAUGAAGCUCGGAAACGAGAGGUGCUCUCUGCAGCUGCAGCAUCUGGCAUCUCUGUGGCCUUUGGCUCACCCAUUGGCGGUGUAUUAUUCAGUCUUGAGCAAUUGUCAUACUACUUCCCAGACAAGACCAUGUGGCAAAGCUUUGUGUGUGCCAUGACAGCAGCCGUCUGUUUGCAAGCCUUUGACCCCUACCGAUCUGGCAAACUCGUCCUUUACCAGACCAAGUACAGCGUGGACUGGCACGGCUUUGAAAUCAUUCCUUAUGCCAUUCUGGGCAUCUUUGGUGGUGUAUACGGUGGUCUUUUUAUCCGCACAAACAUGGCUGUUGCCCGCUGGAAAAAGUCCCAAUCCUGGCUUCCAGGACCGAUUCUCCAAGUCCUCGCCGUGGCUUUUCUCACUGCCCUCAUCAACUAUCCCAACUUCUACAUGAAGGUCCAGUCCACAGAACUCGUGUCGAGUUUAUUCUCCGAAUGCUCCCGUGUUCUCGACGACCCAAUUGGUCUAUGUCGGACGGGUACAGCAUCAGCCGGGACAGUCGUGCUGCUCAUCUUCGCCGCCGUCCUGGGCUUCUUCCUCGCAACCAUCACCUUUGGCCUCCAGAUUCCCGCCGGCAUUAUCCUGCCGUCCAUGGCAAUAGGCGCACUGACAGGUCGCGCUGUGGGAAUCAUCAUGGAGAUCUGGGUACACAACCACCCUAAUUUCUUCGUCUUCGCCACCUGCGCACCCGACGUCCCCUGCAUAACACCAGGAACUUACGCCAUCAUCGGCGCAUCCGCCGCCCUGGCAGGCGUAACCCGCAUGACCGUGUCCAUCGUCGUCAUCAUGUUCGAGCUCACCGGCGCACUCACGUACGUCCUACCCAUCAUGGUGGCCGUCAUGAUAUCCAAAUGGGUAGGCGACGCCUUCUCGCGGCGCGGCAUCUACGAAUCCUGGAUCCAUUUCAACGAGUACCCGUUCCUCGACAACUCGGAGGAAAUGACCAUCCCCGACGUGCCCGCCGCCCAAAUCAUGACCCGAAUCGAGGAUUUAAACGUCCUCACUGCAACCGGACACACCAUCUCGUCCCUCAACACCAUCCUCGAAAUGCACGCCUACCGCGGCUUUCCUGUCAUUUCGGAUCCCCGCGAGGCCAUCCUCCUGGGAUACAUAUCCCGCGCAGAACUAAGCUACAAUAUCCGCACGGCCACACAACCGCCCCGCUCGCUGCCCGCCGAAACAGAAGUCUUCUUCUCGCAUCAACCGCUUGCGGAUCCACGAACAACACUCGAUCUCCGGCCGUGGAUGGACCAGACGCCCCUGACGCUUCCGUCCCGCACGAACCUCCAUCUCGUGGUGACGUAUUUCCAAAAACUCGGUCUUCGAUACGUGCUCUUUGCGGACCGGGGCGUCCUACAGGGUAUUCUUACCAAAAAGGAUGCGUGGUACGUUCUCAAUGGGGCGGAUGAGACGAGGAGAACAGGUGCAGCGCCGGCAGGAAACACGAGGGAUGCUGAUGAUAGGGACGACGCCGGUGAGGAGCAUGGCUUGUUGAGAGUGGAGGAUAGAGAUGACGCGGCAAGUAUAUUAUAG